UUCUACAUCAACGGGCCCACUGCCUCGGACGUUCGUCAAGGUCGCGAUGGCGACUGUUGGUUCAUGGCUGCGCUGUGUACCAUGGGCAACAAACAAGGGUUGAUCGAGAAGAUCUGUGUCGCUCGCAAUGAGAAAAUUGGAGUGUAUGGGUUCUUGUUCUACAGAGAACGGUGAAUGGCAGCAAUGCAUCGUGGAUGACAAACUUUAUCUUCGUGCCGCCGAUUACGACGAGUCUGUGGAGGAACGAUCAAUCUGGGAUGAUAUCAAUCGAAUCGAUAACAGAGGAAGAGUAUCGUAAAGUUUGGCAGACUGGAUCGCGGGCUCUUUAUUUCGCUCAAUGCGCAGAUGAAAAUGAGACCUGGCUGCCGUUGCUGGAAAAGGCUUAUGCUAAGGCUCACGGCGAUUACUCCGCCAUCGAAGGCGGGUUUGUUGGGGAGGCGCUCGAGGACCUCACCGGGGGUGUGACAUCUGACGUACUCACCAGCAACAUUCUGGAUAAGGACCGGUUUUGGAAAAAAGAGCUCAUGCACGUCAACCAGGAGUUUCUCUUCGGCUGCGGCACGGGUAUAUUUGCCAACUGGCUGGAGCCGGAAUAUACUGGGCCUCCGAGAGAUAGGAAAGGUAUCUGUGAGAACCACUCAUACUCGAUUAUGGAAGCGAGGGAAGUUGAUGGUCAGCGUUUGUUACGGCUAAGAAACCCCUGGGGUAAAAAGGAAUGGACAGGAGCGUGGAGCGAUGGCUCCGAGCAAUGGACACCAGAAUGGAUGGAGAAACUGGGACACAGGUUUGGCAAUGACGGCAUUUCCUACGAUGGCCUCCUCAAGAAAUAUCAACACUUCGACCGAAUCCGUCUUUUCAACGACGACUGGACCGUAACCCAGCAAUGGACAAGCCUGAACGUCCCGUGGUCGGCAACGUACCACAGCACAAAGUUUGUACUAGAAGUGAAGACAGCUGGACCUGCCGUGAUCGUUCUCUCCCAGCUCGACGAACGAUACUACAAAGGUCUAUCCGGCGAAUACGACUUCGACCUCAAAUUCCGACUCCAGAAAGAAGGCGAAGAUGACUACUUCGUUCGCAGCCACGGCAACGAGCUAAUGUGGCGAUCCGUUAAUGUCGAAGUCGACCUCGAAGCCGGACGCUACCACGUCCUCAUGAAAGUCACAGCAUACCGAAACAAAGAGAAGCCCCCUGUCGAAGAAGUCGUCCGUCGACUAGCUCCCACUCGGCGCAGCAAGCUACUUCAAAUCGGCCUUUCCUACGACCUAGCGCACGCAAAGGGUAUCGUUCACGAAACCGAAAAGGGGAAACGAGCACGACAAGAACGCGAAGACCGGCGAAAAGCAGCUGAACGCAGGAAACGGAGAGAAGAGACUAAGGAGAGAUUGCAGAAAGAGUGGGUCCGGGCGAGGAAGCUCGAAGCCAGACAUAAGAGACUCGAUGCAAGACUCGCUACUAAAUCUGGCAAAAAACAGCAACAACUUAUCAGGGAAGACAGCCCGUCUGAGGAAGUUGUUCCCGAUGGGCCCGUGCAACCACCCGUCAACGAACUUGAGCUCCCUGGGAAAGCCACUAUACCUUCUGUCUCACUUGAGGACGGUCAUGUCCCGGACCACUGCGUUCGAAGCAAAAGCAAGACUUCUCUAUCCGUCCGGGUCAAGAACCCUUCUUCAGAUCAUGCUGCAAACGCCGAAUUCCUGGAGGGAUUCGAAUUUGACUCUGAACUCGAUAUGUCUUCAGACGAAGAGCCAGUUGAAGAAAUCCGCACACCAGUCAAAUCCGUUAGCAGCGCCGGCGAAGGCGAUGCCAAUAGCGAUCCAUGGAAUGCCGUCUGUGUGGUUGGCUUGCGGGUUUACUCGAAAGAUCCUCAGUUGUCUCUGGAGGUUCUGCGUCCCGUGCCGGAGGAUGAUGUCGAGGCGUCACUUGACAUGGAUGAUCCGUCGGCGAGUGCAGCUACCGAAUAAGUUCCAAAUUGGCCCGGGGAUUGGUUGUAGAUGUGGUUCCAUCAUAUUUAUAUAGAAUUCGG